CAACCUCGCUCCUCUCUGGAUCUUACUCACUUCGCCUCCUACGUUUCGAUUCGCAAAAUCCGGUUGCUUCUCCUGUCUUGGCUCGAGAUCCGGGCCAAGAACAGAAGAAUCCGAUUCCUGUUUGCACUUUGCAGUUACUGCAUCUCUAUAGGUUUGGCUUGUUUUUGGAUCUUUGUUUAAAUGGCUUCGAACGAGGGGUUUCUGACGGACGGGCAGAGGGAACUGCUAAAAAUUGCGAGCCAAAAUGCUGAGAAUCUGUCUUCGUCUCCAAAAUCCCCGUCGACCUUGAUUUCCGACCAUCAUGUGAAAGCCCCAGCUGGUGGUAAGGCACAAACCUCUGGGAUAGCUGUGAGGCAUGUGCGUCGGUCACACUCAGGGAAGUAUGGGCGGGUGAAGAAAGAUGGUGCUGGUGGUAAGGGCACUUGGGGGAAAUUGCUUGAUACUGAUGUUGUUUCUCACAUAGAUCGGAAUGAUCCAAAUUAUGACAGCGGCGAGGAACCCUAUCAACUAGUUGGAUCUACUGUUACUGACCCCUUGGAUGAAUUCAAGAAAGCAGUGGUAUCCAUCAUAGAGGAAUAUUUCAGUAAUGGGGAUGUGGAAUUGGCAGCAUCGGACCUCAGAGAACUUGGCUCAAGUGAAUAUUAUCCAUACUUCAUUAAACGCCUUGUGUCCUUGGCAAUGGACAGACACGAUAAGGAGAAAGAAAUGGCUUCUGUUCUACUUUCUGCAUUGUAUGCUGAUGUCAUCAGCCCUGCACAGAUCAGGGAUGGGUUUUUUAUUCUUCUCGAAUCUGCUGAUGAUCUUGCUGUGGAUAUACUGGAUGCAGUUGAUAUCCUUGCAUUAUUCUUGGCACGGGCUGUUGUUGAUGACAUUCUUCCUCCAGCCUUUCUUGCCAGGGCAAUGAAGGCUCUUCCAGAGUCUUCCAAGGGAGUUCAGGUAAUCCAGACUGCUGAAAAGAGUUAUCUCUCAGCUCCACACCAUGCAGAGCUUGUGGAAAGGCGAUGGGGUGGUAGCACUCAUAUAACUGUUGAAGAAGUGAAGAAGAAGAUAACUGAUUUACUUAGAGAAUAUGUGGAUAGUGGUGACACAUUGGAAGCCUGUAGGUGCAUACGUGAGUUGGGGGUUUCAUUCUUCCAUCAUGAGGUUGUUAAGAGGGCUUUGGUACUUGCCAUGGAGAUUCGUUCAGCAGAACCUCUAAUGUUAAAAUUAUUAAAAGAAGCAGCAGAAGAAGGACUUGUUAGUUCCAGCCAAAUGGUGAAGGGUUUUUCUCGUUUAGCAGAAUCCCUAGAUGAUCUUGCUCUUGAUAUUCCAUCAGCUAAGGCACUGUUUCAGUCAUUUGUCCCCAGGGCAAUAUCCGAGGGAUGGCUUGAUGCUUCACUUAGCAAACCUGCAACUGAAGAUGGUGAAAUACAAGUUGAAGACGAGGAGGUGAGGAAGUACAAAAAGGAAUGUGUAACUAUGAUUCAUGAGUAUUUUCUUUCUGAUGACAUCCCUGAACUGAUUCGAAGUCUUGAAGAUCUUGGUGCUCCUGAAUAUAACCCGAUAUUUUUGAAGAGGUUAAUUACUCUGGCUAUGGACCGAAAGAACAGAGAAAAGGAAAUGGCAUCUGUACUUCUAUCUGCACUUCACAUAGAGAUAUUCUCAACUGAGGAUAUAGUUAAUGGUUUUGUUAUGCUUCUGGAAACUGCGGAAGAUACAGCACUGGAUAUACUGGACGCUUCAAAUGAGCUUGCUCUGUUUUUGGCUCGGGCUGUUAUUGACGAUGUAUUGGCCCCGCUGAAUUUGGAAGAAAUUGGCAGCAGGUUGCCACCAAAAUGCAGCGGUAGUGAAACUGUGCGUAUGGCUCGGUCACUCAUAGCUGCUCGUCAUGCUGGAGAGAGGCUAUUGAGAUGCUGGGGUGGAGGCACGGGAUGGGCCGUGGAGGAUGCGAAGGACAAGAUCAUGAAGCUCUUGGAAGAGUACGAAAGUGGAGGGGUUGUCAGUGAAGCUUGCCAAUGUAUCCGUGACCUAGGAAUGCCUUUCUUUAACCACGAGGUAGUGAAGAAAGCAUUGAUUAUGGCCAUGGAGAAAAAAAAUGAUCGAAUGCUAGAUCUGCUGCAGGAGUGCUAUAGUGAGGGCCUGAUCACCAUUAAUCAGAUGACUAAAGGUUUCACCCGAAUAAAGGAUGGUCUUGAUGAUCUGGCUCUGGACAUUCCAAACGCAAAGGAGAAAUUUGGCUUCUACGUGGAGCAUGCUCAGUCGAAGGGCUGGCUUCUACCAUCAUUUGACUCGCCUACUUCAGAUGCCUAAUUAAUCAUCCCGGGCACCAGCUUUUGAGGACGUUUGUGUCUUGUUGUUUCUCUCUUGUAUGUUGUCCUUUAGCUCCCCACUGAUUAGUGAGUUUGGGUGAUGGAUAAAUUUGGGACACUUGGACUUCUUCUGGUAAUCCUUUUUUAAUGUUCUUUUUACUUACUCUUUUCCCUCCCAAAUCAUCUCACCGACAGAGUUACUUGUUAUCUCAGCCAUUGUAUAAAGUUGGUCUUAUUACAUUAACAGUUCCUUAGGAUGAUGAUGAUGAUGCAUCAAGAGGUAUUUUAGAAGGGCAUAUAUUGUAUUUUUCAGCAUCGAUCUCGUUUUUUCAUGUAGUCAAAUCUUCGGCUAUUGCAUCGUGGCGGUAUAAAUUGUGUUUAAAUU